GUCUGGGCUUCUAAAGUCUAAGUCAUUAAAAUGACUAGCAGUUUUUCUUUUUCUCUGUUUUUCCUGCUAGCUGGGGCUUAUAUGGUUCCAGAAGGUUUCACUAUGGAGAUUGUUGGAGGGAAAGAAGUGCCUCCUCACUCCAGGCCUUUUAUGGCUUCCAUCCAGACUGAAGGCAGUCACAUUUGUGGAGGAGUCCUGAUCCACCCACAGUGGGUGCUGACCGCAGCCCACUGCAGCUUUUUGUUUGACAAAGGCCAACCUGCUACUGUGGUUUUAGGAGCACAUUCUCUCUCAAAGAAUGAGCGCUCCAAACAAAUGUUUGAAAUUAAAAAACUCAUACUAUUCUCAAGAUCUGAAUCAGAUGAUAUCAUGCUGGUAAAGCUUCACACAGCUGCAAAACUCAACAAGUAUGUCCAACUGCUCCACCCAAGAUCCAAAAACUAUAUCAGAGAUGGAACCAAAUGCCAGGUUACUGGCUGGGGAGCCACCAGCCCAGAUGUUUUAAACAACUCUGAUACCCUACAAGAAGUCACUGUUACCAUCGUAAGUCGUAAACGUUGCAACAGCCAAAGUUAUUACAACCACAGACCUACUAUAACAAAAGAUAUGAUAUGUGCAGGAGAUGCCAGAGGCCAGAAGGAUUCCUGCAAGGGUGACUCAGGUGGCCCUUUGAUCUGUAAAGGUGUCUUCCAUGCCAUCGUCUCUAGAGGUGAUAAAUGUGGUAUUGCUAAGAAGCCUGGGAUCUACACCCUGUUAACCAAGAAAUACCAGGAUUGGAUCAAAAGCAAUCUUCCCUUACCUCCUGCAUAUUAAGACUGCAAAUCAUUUUCUUGGAUCUAUCAGUUAUCUGUUUCUCUCUCUUUUCCUUUUUUCAUAAUGUGCUCACAGCUCACCUUAUCUUCAAAUGUAGUUGGAUGUAGGUAAAGCAGAACACACUUGACGUAAAUUUCUGUGCCCUCAAUACUCAUCAUGCUAAUGAAACAAACUCUUUUCCAUGCGUAUCACUGAUAUAUUUUUACCAUACUGAUUUCAUUCUAAAUGAAAUCUAAAAGGUAGUUUGUCUUUUAUGGAUAUGAAGUAAUAUCAGCCCCCAUGUCACCCAUACUCCCCAAAGGCCAGUAAGGUGACUGAAUGAGAUAGUAACUGCAUCCCUCUAAUCAGAUUAAGCUGUGACUUCUGCUGAAUCAUACCAAGUUGUUAGGGUGUUUGUUGUAAGAAUAUUCAACAUAAGACCUUUCCUUUUAAUGAAUUGUAAGUGUAAAAUUCAGUACUAUUAACUAGGUACAAUCAUAUACAACAGGUCUCUAGAACUGAUUCAUCUUGUAAAACUGAAACUUUAUACCAACUGAAGAGCAACUCCCCAUUUUCCUCACCCUCAUCUUCAGCCUUUGGGCACCACCAUUCUACUCUGAGUUUCUAUGAGUUUGGCUAUCCUGUGUUGCAUUUUUAAGAUAAUAAACAGAAAUACAAGCACCCAGCUCAAGAAAG